GCAGUGCCUCCGAGCAAACGUCACAGAAUUGAUUGUUCCAUUUCGUCAUUAAUUGUUUUUCUACCUGUAAUUGUUCUGUUAAUUCACGUUUUGGCUUACAUUUUCCUCAGCUGCUGAGCCGCAGCGUAAAUUUGCAACCAAAGUGCCAAAAGGUUCCAAAUCAGCGCUGCUCUUGCUGGCUGGCUGGCAGGCAGAAGUCGCGAAUUGUCAGUUUGCUGCUUUUCAGCGAGGGCUAAAACAACAACGACGACGAGAAGGACGUGUGUGUAAACAAGACCGCAAUUUGUCCGCGCUGUUGGUCCACGCAACCAGCUUCACCAUCGCUCGCUGGCACAAUAAUGACGGACGCGUUUUUUGGCUUCGAUGCGACGCUUCCGGUGGAGGAUGACGGAGGCGGAGGAAUCGGUGGUGCUCGGCAUGAGGAUGACUCCGAGGAGGAGUACGAUGCGCUGAAUGAGGAAACUUUCGGACAGGCCCGGGAAGGUGACUGGGAGGGAAUGCAUGAGAAUUUGGUACGGCUGGAUCAGCGGGAGGGUGGUGACGGGGAUUCGGGUGCGGAUUCGGAUCUGGAUUUCAAUUUUUCCAGCGUGAGAAUUGAUAAUCUGGAGCUGAACGAUGACAAUGAGUCGGAGGCGAGACUGCAGCUGGAUCCCAGCGUGUGGACAAUGCCUAGCAAGCCGGAAACGCCGAGACCGCAACCACCUCAAGCUGCCCAACGAAUGGCUGGACCAGGAACAUCUUUUGGUGGACUUCCAAAUUUCGCAAUGUCCAAUCCCGGUCAAAUGCGGAUGUGUUCGGUGGAGGAAAUUGAACAAAACAUGUUGAAACAGCAAGUUCAGGUGCAGAAUCAUCACCCGUUGCCACCACUGCAUCCGCCACGACAGCAGGACGGUCUCCAGCAGCAAUAUCUUCAGAAUAUUACACGUCCUCGUCCUCCACCCGGAUUUCCUACUCCGCCCGGAAUGAAUCAACCGCCGCCUGGAUUAAAUCAGCUUCCGAUUCCGGUUAAUUUUCCGCCUCCAAUGAAUAUGAUUCCGCCGCCACUUCAUCUGCUCCAGACGAAUAUUCCGCCACCAGGCAACGGGCUUCAGCCUCCGAUGUUCCCAUUGAAUGUGCCUCCGCCUAACUUUCACGAGCAGAAUCAUGCCAAUUUCAACCAGCGGCUGGUGAAGGAGAUCCAACAGAACCAUCCGAUGUUAAAUCAGCAUCGUCAACACCAUCAGCAGAAUCGCUAUCAGCACAAUAAUCGCCAGAAUUACCAUCAACAACAUAAUCGGUACCAGAAUGGGAAAUUGAAUCGAUACGGAGAGUUUGAUGAGUACGCAAAUCUGAUGAGCGAACGGAACAAGCAGUGGCUGCUGGGAAUUCAGUUAUCACAGUUGAAUAAGGACACUCCAUAUUAUAACGAUUAUUAUUUCUGCGUGUUCCGAGAUAGAAAGGAACGCCAGAAGGGAAACUCUGAACGGGAGAGCAAAGCGCACAAGGACAAUACGUUUUACCAUCCGUUUACGCAGCAAAUGCUCCAACGCAACGGACUGAUUGGACGGGAGCGUCGAAACUCGGAGAAGAGUCAAGAUAUAAAGGAAGUCCCUGCGCGGAACUACACCCCGUUGCAGUUCGAGAAUUCACUCGGAAAGCUACAGUGUGGAAGUGUAACCGCACCGAGGAAGAUUAUCGAUCAGGACGUCGUGGCGGACACGAGUGCGAACUGCGGAGCGGCAGUCAAUUCCGAGGUUCUGUCCCAAAGAAAAUCGCGCCAGAUAUUGUUGCACAUCGAGAGCUUGUACAUGGUUCUGCUGAAGCUGGAAGAUUUAAAUAAUCCGCUGGCAAUCGAGGCGAAACAGUUGCUGAAGGAGAAGAGAGAACGCGAGCGCUUAAUGGCCUUGGAACGGGGACAAUCGGUUGACGAGUUGAAUAAUCUGACAGCAACCGGUACUGAGCUAGCGCAUGAGCCGGAGGAAACAUUCGAAGCACUGUUGGAAAAGUUAACGCAUGGAUUAACUCCAGACGGGGUUCUUUUAGUGCUUUCCGCCAGGAAAGGGAAGCUCCUGUUGACACGCAUCCAGGCCGUACUGAAGGACCAUCCAUUGCGGUGGAAUCUCUGGUGCACCAUUCUGUCCUCGUUGGUUCUGCUACCGAAACGGGAGCGUGACGAUCCGGAGCACUUACUGAGUCCACUGUUUGCCCAGUUUGAGAAGCACGUUAAAUACUCGACCGUGCCGGAUCUUCUGCUUCUGCUGGACACUUUUCUUAACUCUGACAAAUUGCUUCCGCUCGUUCCCAAGUGUAAAUUUCUUCUGACGACGGUCCUUACCCUGAUAGGACAAAUGGAACACUUCCACUGCGACGGGACCCCAUCAUCAUCAUCAGGCCUAACUCCGGACGCGGCCGACCGAUGGAAGGCCUUCCUGGGGGAACUGUCCAAGGCCGUCACCAGUGUCGGUGUGGUGGGACCCCAGAAAGUGCUGCUCAAACUUGACGCCGACUGCAAGAUUGUACAAACGCUGCGGGAACACUUCCAGCGACAUCCGACACUGAACCUGGAAUUGAAACUGUUGGCACUCGUUUCGGUCGGGGGCAAAAAGUAAUUGGAUGACGACGGCAACUCCUCGGAGUGUGGGGAAGGGUGGUGUAGGUAUCGAUUUUGUUUUCUUUUUACUCUGCUAUGCUUCUUUUUUAUUUUUCAUCAUGUAAAAAUUUCGAAAGUUACUUAUUGUGCGAUACGAAAAGAGAGACAAUGCUUAGGAUGGCAAAAGUAGACAUUUUUUGGACUGAAAACAUACUUUCAGUGUGGUUAGGUAGAACAAAACAAACAAUUAUAAAAUAACCUUCUUUUUACUACUUGGACACAACUCGAAUUUCGCAGUGCUAAGGAACCGCUUCGAAUUGGGGGCAUUUUAUAAUGAAUACUGAUAUAUGUUUAGGUAUUCUCCCUUCUUUUUGUAACAGUUUUAGGUUUUAGCCAACUACAAGCAAAAAGUUAAUUUUAAUCAUUAUCAUAUAUAUUUUAUGACCGUAAGCAUAUCCAACAAACAUUAAAAUGGUAUCAACUUAA